AUGGCAGACGACAUGGCGAGUCAUUAUCAAGUGAUGGAGGAGUUGGGCAGUGGAAGUUUUGGAACCGUCUACAAGGCAAUUGAUAAAACCACCGGUGAAAUCGUCGCUAUCAAACAUAUUGACCUCGAGUCCAGCGAAGAUGAUAUCCAAGAAAUUCAACAGGAGAUUUCUGUGCUGGCCACCUGCGCCAGUGCGUUUGUUACACAAUACAAAGCAAGCUUUCUCAAAGGACAUAAGCUCUGGAUUGUGAUGGAAUACUUGGGAGGAGGCUCAUGUCUAGACCUGUUAAAACCAGGGGUUUUCAACGAAGCGCACGUGGCGAUUGUCUGUCAACAACUACUUCUUGGUCUCGAUUACCUUCACACCGAAGGCAAGAUCCAUCGCGAUGUAAAAGCGGCCAAUGUUCUGUUAUCGAACACCGGAAAAGUGAAAUUGGCCGACUUCGGUGUCGCCGCACAGCUCGUCAACAUCAAGUCACAGCGCAACACAUUCGUCGGCACCCCAUUCUGGAUGGCGCCAGAAGUUAUCCAGCAGGCUGGAUACGACUUCAAGGCAGACAUCUGGUCAUUGGGUAUUACCGCGAUUGAAAUGAUCAAUGGCGAACCCCCGCAUGCAAGCACCCAUCCGAUGAAAGUUCUGUUUUUGAUUCCGAAGAACCCCGCCCCUCGAUUGGAGGGCAACGAAUACAGCAAUACAUUUAAGGAUUUUAUCGCGCAGUGUCUAACAAAGGAUCCCGAUCGCCGUCCUAGCGCGAAAGACCUUUUGCGUCACAAAUUCAUCCGAAAUGCCGGCAAGACCGAAGCACUGCAGGAGCUGAUCCAUCGCAAACAAGACUGGGAUGCUGGUCGAGGGGUGACCAAGGAUGUGAAAUAUUAUGCUGAGUCACUGAAUACCAUUACCAACCUCCCCACUGAAGAAGAUGACGAAGAUUGGGUCUUCGAUACUGUCAAGGCCCCAACCAUGUGGGUACCUAAGGGUACAGACUGGAGCACUCUGGAUGAAGAAUGGGAGGAGCAAGAUCCUAGCCAAUUGAUGGAGGAUAUGCACAUCUCCGAACCACCUCCGCCGCCUAAACACCAGGCCAAUUCCACUGUUCGCCGCGCAACCAACGCCGAACGAUCACCAUCUGUCCGUCGGGCAAAUACCAAGCGCCGCUCUAGUGGUGUCAAGCAACCGUUAGGUCUUGAUCUUAGUUUUGGCAACACCCCAUCCACUGUCCGCCAAUUCCGCCGAGUUUCGGAUAAGGUCCCCAACGAGAACAACCAAAUCAAGCCUCCUCCCGGUUUUGACGAGAAUAAUAGCCCCAAAGUGCUGGCUUCGGAUUCGGCAAGCAAAGAAGCCCAGCUAGGUCGGAGAGCGUACAGCAGAGCCGUGGGACUCUCCUGUCAGGAAGUUCUUGCGACUACUGGCGAUGGUGAGAAACGGGAAGCUAUCUCUCGACUGGCCGAAGCCUGGAGUGACCUAGAAAUGGUCGAUCCCGAGGGCCUUUUCCAUAUUGUGCGGAUCAUGAACGAGAGACUCCAAGCAGAUCCCCGACUGUCUAGUCUUCUUCCCUCAUCUCCUCAGCAGCCAGAUUCUCCUGGGCGUCCACGACUUAUGCUGGCGCAAAACAACCCCCACUUGAAAAGUCACCGCCGACGUCAAUCAAGUGUCGUCGACUCCCAACCCCCUUCUCCUCUUUCCAACCUUCCAGGCCAAAAUGCCUCGGGUAUGGAGCACACCAAACAAUUGUCUGAUGUUCUAUACUCGCGGUGGGCCGAAAGGACUCCGCAACCGCUGGGGAAUCUAAACCACUCCACCUUCUCCUCAUCCUCCUCCUCACAUCCUCAGAUCCUCAAAUCUUCCCAUCUCAUUUAG